CCGCCGGAUGGAGUGAGAAUGGUCGGGAGAUGGGUCAGGGGAGACAGGCCCCCAUCAGCCCUUCUGGCCCGCGUUUGAGAUGGUUUUGGAGGCCAGACCCUUCUCGAGAGCCGCUCCCACGGAUCUUUGCGACCCCAGUCGUGUAUAGGCAUUGUGCUAUCCUCUGGGACUGCUUAUCCACUGGGACGUUCAGCAGUCAGUGCAGAUAAGUGGUAGAAAGAACACCGGAUUUGGAAUCAGAAAAGUUGAUUUCAGUCCACUGUGCCUCAGCUGAAAGGAGAGGGAGUUUCUGUUCCCUAUAGAAGGUUGCAAAUCAAAUGAACAAGAAGACAUGUAUGAGAUAAUUGAUGAGUCCUGAAAAUAUUGUGUCUACUCCCAUCCCUCCAUUUCAUGUUAUUACUUUUCCAAGGGAAAGUAGUCUUCACUGAUCAUUAGUCUGGAAACCAGUUUAAAAGUAAUGGACCAAAACUCCAGUCCGGGAGCCAUAGAUGGGAUCUCAGAACCAUGCUUCAGUUUUGGAGUUAUAUCAGAUAUUCAAUAUGCUGAUUUAGAAGAUGGCUAUAAUUUUGUAGGAACCAGAAUGAGGUACUACCGAUACAGUCUUCAUCAUCUUCAAGGGGCUAUUGAAGAAUGGAAUGAAGAAAGCAAUCACCUCUUUUUUGUGUUGCAACUUGGUGAUAUCAUUGAUGGGUUUAAUGCACAGUAUAAAGUGUCAGAAGAGUCACUACAAAAUGUUCUGAAGGAAUUUGAAAAACUCAAAGCCCCUGUUCAUCAUACAUGGGGAAACCAUGAAUUCUACAACUUCAGCAGGGACUAUUUAAGAAACUCUAAGCUUAACACAAAAUUUUUAGGAGACCAGAUUGCACAUUGUCCUGAGACCACACCUUCAGAAAACUAUUAUACUUACCACUUUGUACCUUUUCCUAAAUUUCGGUUCAUUUUACUUGAUGCUUAUGAUCUAAGUGUUCUUGGAAUGGAUCAAUCUUCUCCAAAAUAUCAAGAUUGUAUGAAGAUGCUGAAGGAGAAGAAUCCAAAUAAGGAACUGAAUAACCCUCAAGGACUUUCCGAACCUCGGUUUGUCCAGUAUAAUGGAGGAUUCAGUCAGGACCAAUUGGACUGGUUCAAUGCAGUUCUUACUUUCUCUGACACAAACCAAGAAAAGGUAGUGGUUGUGGGUCAUGUUCCUAUUCACCCAGAUGCCUCUGAUGAUACAUGCCUUGCCUGGAAUUACAGAGAUGCUCUCUCAAUCAUUUGGUCUCAUAAAUGUGUGGUGUGUUUCCUUGCUGGUCACUCUCAUGAUGGUGGGUACUGCAUAGAUACUCAUGGUGUGCACCAUAUUACGCUGGAAGGGGUUAUUGAAACACCACCAGAGAGCCAGGCUUUUGGUACAGUGCAUGUUUAUCCUGAUAAAAUGGUAUUGAAAGGGAGAGGCAGAGUUCCAGAUAGGAUCAUGUAUUACAAGAAAGACUGAAAAGGUUAAUUCUGUUCCUUGAAUGGCUUUUCUUUUUUCGUUAAUUUUAAGAAAUAUGAUAGAAAUUACUGUUUUUGUUAAUAAAUAACCCA